AUGGAGACCACCAACACGGGAGAAGAUAUGAAGUCUACCCCCGUUAAACCCACAGAAAGCUCAAAUAACACACCAGCGUCAGAAACAAAUCAGGACACAUCCACAGAGACGGUACUUUUGUCAGGAGAAACUGUUGUUAGAGAGGGCAAAGCAGCCAUAUUGUUUCCAAGUGCCAACGAAGUGUUUUACAAUCCUGUACAAGAAUUCAACAGAGAUUUGACAUGUGCAGUCAUCACAGAGUAUGCACGAGAACAGCUGGCCCAGAAAGGUGUGCGCAUUGUGGUGCCUGGUGAGAAAGAGCGCGUCGUCGUCUGUUUGUCUGAGAAAGACAACGGAACAGAGGGACAAGAAACGACAGAACAACAGGAGAGUGAGGAGAAUGUUAAAGAGUUCAUCACUUGUUCUGUGGGAGAGCGCUGUGAGCAAGGUUUGCGGGUGUUAGAGGGACUGGCUGCGUCUGGACUGCGCUCUGUGAGGUUUGCUCUGGAGGUCCCCGGUCUGAAGAGCAUCACAGCCAAUGACUGCUCAGCUCACGCCGCUGCUCUUAUUGCACGCAAUGCUCAAUACAACAAAGUCUCCCACCUGUUACAGGCCAGCCAAAGAGAUGCCAGCAUGCUGAUGUAUGAGGCACGGGGCAAGAAGGAGCGUUACGAUGUCAUCGAUCUUGACCCUUACGGUAGCCCCUCCCCCUUUCUGGAUGCUGCAGUGCAGGCUGUCAGUGAAGGAGGGUUGCUGUGUAUUACCUGCACAGACAUGGCAGUGAUGGCUGGGAACAGCGCAGAGACGUGUUACAGCAAAUACGGCUCCGUAUCCAUCAAGGCAAAGUACUGCCAUGAGAUGGCAUUGCGGAUCAUUCUGCACAGUUUGGACCAGAGAGCGGCUGCGUACCAGCGCUACAUCGAGCCCUUGCUUUCGGUCAGCGUGGACUUCUACAUCCGCGUGUUUGUCCGGGUCCGCACCGGUCAGGCUGUGGUCAAAAACUCAGCCAGCAAGCAGGCCCUGGUGUAUAACUGUGUGGGCUGUGGGGCCUUCCACCUGCAGAGAAUGGGCAAGAGGAUGAGCCAGGGCAAACACAUGAAGUACUCUCCAGCCAUUGGACCUCCUGUGGGACCUAACUGUGAACACUGUGGCCAGAGACACCAGUUGGGAGGACCUAUCUGGGCAGAGCCUCUCCACGACGUGGCAUUCGUACAGAAGGUCCUGGCGGCCGUCACGGGAAACCCGUCCCGGUUUGCCACGUCGAAGCGGAUCGAAGGCAUGCUUAGUAUGGUGACGGAGGAGCUACAGGACAUUCCCCUUUAUUAUGUAAUAGAUCAGAUGAGUAGCAUUGUCCACUGCAACACACCGUCCAUGCUGCAGUUCAGGUCAGCUCUCCUCCAUGCUGGCUAUCAGGUAUCCCUCUCUCAUGCCUGUAAGAAGGCUGUAAAGACAGACGCCCCCGCUGGUGUAUUAUGGGACAUCAUGCGCUGCUGGGAAAAAUCCAACCCUGUAAAAAGAGAGAGGCUUUCAGAGACAAGCCCAGCUUUCCGCAUUCUGUCCGCUGAACCCACUCUGCAGGCCUGUUUUGACGUCAGGGAAGACGCCAACCCCCAGUCGCGAAAACGACACCUCAUCCGUUUCCAGGAGAACCCGCAAGCCAACUGGGGGCCCAAGGCGCGGGCCAAAACUGGCGGAGGAAUAUCGUCCGAGUUGGAGGACAAAAGAAAACGGUUUCAGGGCAAGAGGAAGAACCAGAUCACAGACUCUUCCCAGUUGAAGAAUUUCCCCUGCAAGAAGUUCCGAAAGGGAACAUGCACAAAUGGAGAGAAAUGCUGCUAUUCCCAUGAGCUUGGGCAAACGCCUGGUGAAGGAGAGAAAUCGGACUGAUUAAGUUUCACAAGUCACUUCAUUUUCUCAUCAUAUAUUCCAGUGCUUUGAGCUCUUGACUUGUCGAAAUUC